CUUUGCCUCAUUUCCUUCAAUCGCUCGAAAUUUGAACUCCACUCUGAAGCUUGUCGAUCUACAAUGGCGUCUCCAGCCGUAGUCGCUUCCCCAGCCAUCGGCCGCUCCUCAUCGAAGACAGAAACCUUCGUGGACAACAAGCGCAAGGACGAUGUCCGCAUGGCCAACAUCGCGGCGGCGCGAGCGGUGGCUGAUGCCGUCCGGACAAGUCUCGGACCAAAAGGAAUGGACAAGAUGAUCUCCACGGCCAAUGGGGAAGUCAUCAUCACCAACGACGGGGCUACCAUCCUCAAUAAGAUGGAUGUCCUCCAGCCUGCCGCCAAGUUCUUCGUCGAGCUGUCCAAAUCUCAGGACAUCGUCGCUGGAGAUGGCACCACUACCGUCGUCGUCAUCGCCGGUGCUUUUCUGAAGGAAUGCCUCUCUCUGCUUUCAGCAGGUAUUCACCCUACUAUUGUGUCGGAAUCUCUCCAUAAGACAUCCAUUAAGAGCGUAGAGGUCCUUACCGCAAUGGCUAUUCCUGUUGAGCUUUCCGACAGAGAUUCCCUUGUCAAAUCCGCCAGCACCGCGCUAAACAGUAAGGUAGUGUCUCAGUAUUCGACUCUUUUAGCUCCUUUAGCCGUUGAUGCCGUGCUUUCCCACCAACUAAGACUUUUUGAUAUUGAGCAGAGCAUAGUGAUUUCAGACUACACUCAGAUGGACAGGAUUUUGAAGGAAGAGAGGAACUACAUUUUGGGGAUGAUUAAGAAGAUUAAGGCCACUGGUUGCAAUGUUUUGUUGAUUCAGAAGAGUAUUUUGAGGGAUGCAGUUACAGAGUUGUCACUACAUUAUCUUUCCAAGGCAAAGAUCAUGGUGAUUAAAGAUGUUGAAAGAGAUGAGAUUGAGUUCAUCACAAAAACUUUGAAUUGCUUGCCCAUUGCAAAUAUUGAGCAUUUUAGGGCGGAGAAACUAGGGCAUGCAGAUUUGGUGGAGGAGGUAUCUCUUGGAGAUGGUGGGAAAAUUGUGAAGAUUACUGGAAUUCAGGAUAUGGGCAGGACUGCAUCUGUUCUGGUCAGAGGCUCCAAUCAGUUGGUUAUCGAUGAGGCCGAGAGGAGUUUGCAUGAUGCCCUGUGUGUCGUUCGAUGCUUGGUAAAGAAGAGGUUCUUGAUUGCAGGUGGUGGGGCACCAGAGAUUGAGCUUUCAAGACAGUUGGGUGCAUGGGCAAAGGUGUUACAGGGUAUGGAGGGUUACUGUGUGAAAUCAUUUGCUGAUGCUCUUGAGGUCAUUCCGUACACACUAGCUGAGAAUGCUGGACUGAACCCAAUCACUAUUGUGACCGAAUUGAGGAACAGACACGCACAAGGUGAACGGAACACUGGAAUCAAUGUAAGGAAGGGGCAGAUCACUAACAUUUUGGAGGAGAACGUUGUGCAGCCUCUUUUGGUGAGCACAAGUGCAAUUUCCUUGGCUACUGAAUGUGUGCGGAUGAUUCUGAAAAUUGAUGACAUUGUCACCGUGAGGUAGACUAAAAUAUUUUCUCUCAUCUUCUAUUACUUGCGCAUUCAUCGUAUGUUUGAUGGUUUUUGUUGACCUUUAAAAGUAAUGCUUUGUCUGUUGCUUUUACAUAGCUGCUUCCUAGAAUCUUUACCUUGGUUGUUUGUUCUCUUUUGAUGUGUGCUUCUGGUAUUAGAAUGAAUAUUUAUGAGAUACUUAGCUGUGAUAUCUCUAUGAAUGGAGGAACUGGUUUUUCUUGUUUGCCUCAUGAAGUUGCACAUACUCUUUUCUCAGCUUUUUCAUCUAAGUCGUCUUCUCUGUUUAACUAGUUACCAGAUUUCUUUCCACUUUGAGUCUUUUCAACCAGGCUGUUUAGGGUUAUUAUUCCCAUCCAUCCCUCACACUUUCUCCUCCAAUAAAUUUUACUCCAAACAUUUUUAUUUUUUUUACUCAUUCUCUUUCUUUUUUUUACCAGAUCUUACAAAAAUCUAUAGAUGUGUUUGUUGGCAGUGGAGAAAACACGGAAGCCAUGGCUACAAGAAACAGAAGGGAGACAUGUUUGAUGAUGUGAAAAUGCAUUUAUGGAGUUUAUUAUCAGAGAUUGGGAGAGAUAUUCAGGGAGGAUGGUAUGUUGGUAGUUUGUAUGGCUUUUAUUUAUAGGACCAAAAAGUAAUUAUUGUGUCAUACAUACUUCCCAGUCCCUGAUUUAAUUUGCCCAAGAAAACCCUGCAAAAUUGGCCCAAAGGUACAAUCCAAUCAAACAAAGGCACUGCUUGAAGUGGAGUUAAUGUACAGUCUGUCUCCAAAAUGCAACCACUCCUUUCCCUUUUGUGGGGGUGCCCUAAAAAGAAAGGCCUUCUCAACACUUCCAUUUGUGAUUUCUCUAUGCAUUAAUAUGGCCGGUAGGCGUUGCGAAAUUGGUAAGAAAAUCGGUGUUCAAUGGCUAAUAUUCGAGUUCGAUUCUUGUUUAUUGCGCUGGGAGAUAACUAUGUUAAGAAAAAAUAGGCACGCAAAAGAAAAGUACAAAAGCUAAAUAGCAGAAACCCUAAACAAAAAACCCAAGAAUUACUAGUAGAUUGGAACAGUCCAAUGAUAAAUUAACAGAACUGAUGAUUGAUUCUGAAACCAUUAUUACUAUAUUUUUGCAGGGAUUGUUGAAACAAGUGAAGCUUUAUUUGUGCCUCUAGUAGAUGGAUCUGGAUUCUGCAGGAGGGUAUGACCAACCAUAGUUUGGUACGACGACUAGUCAUAGGAGUGUCCCAUUGAUUGCACUUCUAUCUGGUCUCACAAAUAUAAAAGCCCACAAAUACCCCCUUCCCAAUCCUGUCGGGUCGGGAUGUGGGGGUGGGAGUUCCAGCCUUAAAAACCUGCAAAUAUAUAUUAACAGUGCAAUGCAAUAAACAAAAAAAAAAGAUGAACCUCAUUCUCAAGAUCGGAACUGACCAGACGGUCAAUAAAAUAAGGUAAGAGGCUAUGUUUAGCACAGUUGUCAAUCUCCCAACUUUGACGUAUGUUGCUCCUUGGGUACCUGUUAUCUUUUGCCAACAGUGCAACGCUCGCUAGAAAAAAAGGUAAACAUGCAAAAAUUUCCAUUUAUGGAAAUUCCAAAAAUAGAAAGGAAUUAAUCACAAAAUCCCCUAAAAAUAUACUCCCUCCCUCCCAAAAACCUUGAAACAUUUAAAUCUUCACCGUUUAUCCCGUUGGGAAAAAAACGCUUCCAUUUUCAAUUAAAAUCAUGUAUUUAUCUUUCACAUCAUAUUAUUUCCUAUUUAUAUAUUCAUUAUAACAUAUUCUACCCUAGUACAGAAUAUAAAAUAAGAGAAAUGGUUGAUUCACAAAUAUCACAAACUUAUUACUGUGAACUUCAAUAAUAAAAAUAAAUUAGUCUAAAAUAAUGUCCAAAAUGAGAAUUUAAAACAUAAAUGGUAAAUUUCCAAACUUUUAACUACUAAUGUUGUAUGGGAGAAAAUAUAAUUUAAGAUUUAAU